CAAAUUCAACACUACGGAUAACAAUCACUUUGUACUCAUCACUUCCUCGCUCGAGUUUCCAAAUACUGCCCAUCAAAAGUACUACUUUACAUUGGAGCUAUAGCUAUGAGUUCGACAAGCAAAGCUUGGAUGGUAGCCGCCAGCAUAGGAGCCGUGGAGGCACUCAAAGAUCAAAUGGGAUUCUGCAGGUGGAAUUACAUCAUCAGAUCUGUUCAUCAUCACGCCAAAACCAAUGUUAGAUCCAUCUCUCAGGCGAAGAGCCUUGCGCCUUCCUCUGCCGCAUUGGUCUCCAAUACAUUGAAGGAGGCUCAACAGGCCGAAGAGUCUCUACAGAAAGUUAUGUACUUGAAUUGUUGGGGUCCUAGUUGAGAUCGAUACCCGCAAUUGUAGUGGAAUCGGGGUGGGCGCGAUUUUGAGGGAGAAGUAAGCAGUCUCAACAGGAAGAUACCAACCUCGGUCGGGCAGCCCUUUGUGUCGGCUGAUCCAACUUAAAUCGUCUGUAAUAUACCAAUAUAUUUUGAUAGACUAUGUUCAGCCCCACGCCUGGGAGAGCAAUCUAUCAGCAGCAGUGGGUUGGUACCCGGCAAUGACGGGUUGAUCACUUCUUUUUUAAACGGAAAAUAGUGGCUUCAUAGUUCAUAAUUUCAUAUUCUUUUACAUAUGAAAUGUAGGUACACUUUAUCCCCAAAUUUGCUUCUUAUUGUUGCAUUAUUUGUCGUCUUCUGAAUGGAGCUGAGAAGAGCUUCCUCAACUUCGUCAAUUUUGCCCGCCCUCGACCGAGACGGUACUCCCCCUUUCAGAAGAUUAUGCUUCCGUACCUGCUCACCUGUCCCACGUCGUCUUCUGUAAUCUCAUCACUCUGGGGUGCUUCGCCGAGUUGACGGUUCCUUGUGGUUGCUCUAACACGCCACCACUGCGGCCAUACCUUCUGCAUUCUCUGUCCUCUUGGGACUGAUCCAAAAUCUGCAAUCCCUUCCCCUCAUCUCUGCGGUUGCUUCUCGAAACUGCAAUAUCUACACACCUACUACAACACGCCAACUCCCAUGAAUUUUCUGUUAUCGCCCUUUCGAGGGAAUACUUCUUCUCUCCCUCAAUCUUUCUUUCUUCAUCUCCACCUAGGAUUCUGUUACGAGAAUCAAACCAUCGUAACUAUUGGGCCUCGAUCUGGGCUUGGUUAUUUUAUUAUUUAGUAUUUUAUUUAUUAAUUAUGUUUAUUAGUAGUUUUCUUGUCUAAGUAGGAUUUGAUUAUUGUUAGUAAUUUUCUUAUAGGAGUAGGAGUCAUGUUUUAGAUAGGAUAGGGUAGAGGCUUCUAUGCCUAUAAAUAUGUACUUGGUCU